GAGCGCGCCCCCGCGUCCCGCGCCCCUCCCUCUGCCUUGUGUGUGUGUGCCUGAGCCUGAGUCAGUCGGUGAGCGCCGAGCCGGCGAGCGGAACCUCCAGCACAGGUGACUAUUUCACAAAGAAAUAACUUCACUGAAGAUCAGCUAUUGAGUCAACAAGAAAAGUCGUGGGAGCCUCUCCUUCUGAAAUUGCAUCUGAUUAUUUUCACAUCAGAAAUAGUGAAAGAUCUGCUUGGAAGUUGUGAUCUUACCAAAGAAGAAUGGCAGAUGACAGGAAGGCUGAGGCGAAUGCACCACAAUGGGCCUCGAACACUGUCCUCGAGGCUGCUUCUCAUCAGUUUGCUGCAGAUUUUAAAGAGCAGACUGCCACAGCUGAAUGCAUAUCCCGGACUGAGAAUGGCUACUCGUUCAGGGAGCACCCAGCGGAGACGCAGAAUGGAAGUCAAACAGCCUACACUGUGACAAAAGCAAAUGGAAUCAAUGGGAAACUGGCUGCUGGAGACAAAGUGACAGCAGCCUCUGAAAGAAGUAAUGAGAGCAAAUCAGUUCCUGCUGCAGAAGCAGAAGUGAUCUCUGCCAGGAUUGUUCAGGAAGUGACUGCUGAGGCAGUAGCUGUGGUCAAAGGAGAGCAAGGAAAAGAUACUGCACUGAGAGACCUGCCGAUGCAGCCUUCUGCAGCUGAAGAUAUACCAAACUUGCCACCUUCCCCACCACCAUCUCCAGCAUCAGAACAUUGCCCCGCGGAGGAGAGAGCCACGAAGAUGGACAAGCCGUCAACAGGUGGCGAAUCCUCAGUUGCUGGUGUGGGAGGACCAGCGUUGCAUGAAGUGUCAAUGACGAAAGAUAAGACUGUUGAAUGUACUGAUCAACAAAUAUCUGAUCUGUUGCCGUCUUCUACAUUGGGUAAAGAUAAUGCAGCUCUCAGAGGAACACCAGAGGAAGUUUCCAAGAUACAGAGUUCAUUUCCAACUCCUGUUUUGCAAACCCAACCUCUAGCUCCUUCUGUUACCAGGACUGGGACCCUGUUUAUCCACGGUGAAUGUUCAGUACAGUUCAGUUCUCAUGAAAAUGAGUGCAUCUCAGUGGUGGCAGCAGAGAACAUCGUAACCCACAUCCAACCAAGUGCUGUCCAUAAAAUAGAUACAAUCAUAAAACCCCCUUAUGCUUCAUCUGAAAGGACAUCCAACAAAUCUGCUUUAGAUAAAAGUAAAAUGCCUCCAUUGAGUCGUGAUAUUAAAGAAACAUCUGAAACAUCCGUUGCAGAUAUUGCAGAGGCUGGCUGUGUGAAAGAAAGGGAUAUUUCGGCAACUGUCACCUGUGGUAAAGAUAUUGAAGCAGCUUCACAAGAAGUGCCAUUGUUUGUUGGUAUCACUGUUACUGAAGGCAAAGAUGAGUCACAAAAAAAGGAUUUUGUUUCAAACACUGUUUCUGUCACUGAAGAGAAGGAGCAGCAAAUUCCUCAGGAAAAGUCAAAAGUGCACGAGGAAUUGCAUUUAGAGCAAACACUUGCAAAUGUUGACAGUGCUAAUAAAGAGACAACAUUAAUAUCAGAAGCUAAAGGGCAAGAAAUCUCCGAUACAAUAAAACUGGUCGAACAUAUAGGUGAUGUCUUUUCAAUGCCAGAAGACAGAUCAGAACAUGUUGAAUAUAACUUGGUAAAAAGUGCAGAAAAUGUAAAGGAUUCAAAGGGAAGAACAGUAGAUGAGGAGAAAGUUCCUAGUGCAACAGAGUUAUUACCAGCUGAGUUUUCUCAACAGAAGCCCGAAGAGCCAACAGCCAAUCUCCCAUCAAAAGAACUGGAUAAAACUGAUCAAAAAGUUGAAGUUUGGCAAUUAACUGAUGUUAGUUCUGCUCCAUCCUAUGUGGAGGAUGAAAAUCAAAAUAUACCGUGUAACAUACAAUGUGCCACAGGUGAUGCAGCUGACCAAUUAAGUAAUGAUCCAACGCUUGAGGUUAUCAAAUUCGGCCCAAGUGCGAUGGGGCAAAGUACGGUGAAGAUUCAAGAAACAUCCUCAAAAAUUGAGGAAAAAAGCACUGUCCAGAUAAUUCCUAAAGAACAAGAUUCUGAACCACUGGUGCCACCAUCCACUGAAUCGAAUGUUACUUCUGAAAAAAUUGUAGUCGAUUCAAUUACUCCAAUCGUACAAAGCCAAACAAUUGAUGCUACCAAUGUGAAUUUAAAAGAGAGGAAAGAGGUGGAUCAACCAGAACUAUCUAAAUAUUUUGAAACAUUUGUUCCCAAAGAUAAUGGCGCAAAAAUAAGUGAACAUCCUGGAGAUGGUUAUUAUGAAAUGACUAUUACAGAGGAAAGUAGUUCGAGACUACCUCAUGAAGUGCUGCAGACCUCUGAGGCCCCAUGUGAAAAACCAAAAGCAGAUGAGAAGAAAGUUGAAAAAGAUAGUUUAGCAGAAAGAAUUCAUUACAGCACACUUGUACUGUCAUCUCUCCCUGUUGACAAAGAGACUGAUUCCACCACAGGACAUGAAAUUGAUGUUCCUGCUUGUCCUGUCGAUGGAGAGGGAGUAAUUUCUCAACAGCCCGAUUCGAGUGGUGAUGCGAAUACUUCGGAAGGACUCCAGAAGUUAGUGCUGAACUUACCAACAACCUUUUUAGAUUCAAUAUCUCUUGAGGUGGAAGCAGAGAGUCAAGGACCCCCUGAAUCUUUGUCACCACUGGCGUCUGACAUACUUGCCUGUUCGAGGGGUAUAAGCUUGGAUGAGUCAGCAGAAUUUUUCCCCAUCCCAACCCCUGCUGAAGAGAAGCAGAUUUGUUUUCCUAUUGAAGUGGACAAAAGUCAAAGUGUGUCCACAUAUGAGGAGAAGUCAGUUGAUGAGAAUCUGGGUUUAGAGCCACAAUAUGCUUACUCCCAUACUUUAAAGCAGGAUUACAAAAAUGAUAGUGUCGUGGUUCCUGACUUGCCUGAAAUGUUGGAUUUGGGUCGAAGGAGAUUGAGUUUUGAGCCCACGGAAACCAAAGUGGUCAGGAGAGCGUCCAUGCCUGCAGAAUCUACUUCUGGCUCUGAGUCUUUAAGUGAAAGCAUUAAACUAAUCAUUAAAAAUGUUGGUCAACCAGAGGAAAUGGGCUACUGUGUUUUUGAAUACUCUGGCCCCUUGCCCACUCCCGAGGAGGUUAAAAGUCCUCUGGAAGAUGGGAGCAUUUUCCUCCAUAAAAUCCGUACAGCUUCUCAGGCUAUUGAUGAGGAAAGUGUCAGGAGGCAAAUAGAUGCAAAUAGGCAUAAAGAGGAUUCACAUUUUAGAAUUGUCACUCUGUCAGAAGACAGUGAAUUAAAAACACCUCUUUUGGAAGGACAAUCAGAAAUUCUAAAUGAAGAAUCGAUUUCAAUAGAUGUUCCAGCCCAGUUUAUUAAGAAGGAGCCUGGAACUGUUCAUUUACCUGAUGUCCCUGAAAUGAAAGAAUUUGAUCAAAAUAAGACUAUUGAUGCCCUGGAAUUUGCAGUAGACUCUUCUCUGAAUAAACCACUGGAUUAUUUGCCCACAGUAUCUCCUUUGAAGCCAGGGACUGUGGAUCAAAAGCUCUCUGAGAAAGAUGUGACUUUUCAAGAAGUUCAGCCUAAGAAAGCCUUGAACGAAGAGACAAAGCCCAACAGAGUGACUGUAACGGUUUUAGAAAUGGAGUCAGCAAGAUUUGGCAAAAGCUUUUCUGUACAGGAACCAGCUCAAAUUAAGAAAGCAUUUGAAGAUAAACCAAGGCCUAUUUUGCCCAGGCAGGACACUGUCCUCGAUGUUGACAUUGAAAUGGAAUCAGAUCCCAUAUUUUAUGAGAAAUUUGCUUCCAUUCAAGACAAAGUUCAAGUCUUGGAAGAUGAACAUAUACCGUGUUUGCCCUGUGAGACUGCAGUACCAGAUUCUGUUCAGGAUAAGGUGUCUGAGGAUGAUGCUAUUCUUCAACAAAUCCCUCAAGCCCAGGAGUUAGUGGAAAGUAAGCCAAUUUCACACAUCGAGCCUACUUUAGCAGAGGUGAGUGAGAAAACCGACACUGUUGAUCACAAAAUACCUGAGGAACCUUCCCCUAUACAAAAAAUCACCUCACCUGAGAAAAUGAUAUUCAGUGCCACUGAGACUAAUCUGCCAAGUGAGGUUACUGUCCUUGACAUGGGUGUGAAAAUAGAAGAGAUUGAUCAGAUAUCUGAGAAAAUUGUCCCUGCACCAGAAUCAACUCAAACUGAUACAAUUAGAGAGGAUGUCAUAGUGCCUGACUUACCUAGUGUGGUUACUGCAUGUAAGGAUGAUUCCGAAGCUGUAGGGUUGGAUGACAAAAUAGUAAAGAUGCCUGCCCCUGCUCAAGAUUUGAUUCAAGCUGAGAGAACUGAAAAUUUGGAAACUCUGCCUAGUUUGUCCGGUGACAUUAUUGAACAUGCGACUCCGCCUGUGAAAAUCACAGUGGGCGAAACCACUACAACAUCCAAUGAAGUUAUUGUUUCAGAAGUUUCAAAGGCAGACCUUCCUGAUGACAGAAUCUCUGCUGCUGUGCAAGAACCGGCUGUGGUUGAGAAAACCAGCAAUGAGGAAUGUGCGAAGGUGCUGAUUGAGGUUAUAGUGCCAGAAAUCGUUUUGCAUGUGGACCCGGCUGACGACGAAGUAUCUGAGAACGUUGACCUUGCAGAAGGAGCUGAGGAGGGAGGAAUUGUGGAAUCUGUUGUUACGGUGGAAGAUGACGUUAUUACAGUUGUACAAACCACGUUGGAAGGAGGAGAGGACUUGGGCCACAGUGUGAGAUUUGCCGUGGCCGAAUGUGAUGACACUGAUGAUGUCUUCACAUGCAGUGAACCAACCCAGCUAACAGAAGAGCAAAUCCUCGAGCCUCCUGCAAAAGCUGCCGAAAUUGUGACUAUCCCAGAGAAGAUACAGAUCCCGACAGACUUGAAGGAAGAUGAGAGCAUUGAUGAGUCAGUAAUGGACACAGACAGCUGCUGGAUGGAUACACAAGAUGAGGAGAGUAUCAUAGUAACACAACCCGCUGCAGUCACAAAGCAGGAGAAGCCACAGAAGGAGUACAGCAGCCCGUCUUUGGAUAAACAUAGGAAAGGGAAACUGUUAAAAACUGCCAAAAACAGAGCUUCUACGCCUGAGAGAAAAAUAAUCAAAAAAGAUGUCAGUGUACUCUCCAAAGAAGACAAAAAGAAAAGAAAAGUGUAUAAGAAGUCUGAACUUGCUAAAAAAACAGAGAUUCAGACCCGGUCUCCCUCCAGGAAAAUCAUAUUAAAACCAGCUGUAAGAUAUCAUAGACCAGCUCACGUCCCUUGUACUAAACGGAAGCAGACAGCUCCUGGAAGCGCUGAGGGUGCUUACAUUAUAGAUCAGAAAUUUUCUGUUGCUAAGCAACCCAAAGAGCGGAUCAUAAAUUCAUCUACACUAACAAAGAUUCCUACCUCAAAAUUAUCUUCCCACCUCCCCGAAAGACCUAAAUCUACUUGUUCUGCUGAUAGAAAAGCCUUUAUUGACCUAAAUUAUUUUCCCACACGAUCCUCGUCUGCCGGCCUUAGAGACUCUUUGAGAGAGCAGCCUGUAAGCAAGGAUGCCGCUGCGAGGAGCCCAGAAAAGCGUUCAGCUUUGCCGAGACCUUCUUCGAUCUUGACCGUUCGCCGAGCUCCACCGGAAGAAAAGGAUGCACAUUUUGUUCCAGUUACUAGCCCGGUUUAUUCUGUACCGAGGCGACCAACAACUAUAAGGACUGAGCCAAGAAAUGACCAAAGGGGUCAUGGGAUGACCAGAUCGCGAGCACAUGCAGGCUCUGAAUCAGCACGCUCCAGGUCAGCAAGAAGCGGCACUGUCACGCCAUCCACACCUGGAUCUACUGCAGUCACGCCGGGCACACCGCCCAGUUACUCUCGCACACCGGGUAGCCGGACCCCACGCACUCCCGGCACUCCUGGCACACACAAGUCUCCCAUUCUUGUGCCCACAGAAAGGAAAGUGGCUAUUAUCCGCACUCCCCCAAAAUCUCCUCUUACUCCAAAGCAGCUCCGUGUUAUCAACCAGCCUAUGCCAGAUCUGAAAAACAUCAAGUCCAAAAUUGGAUCAAUUGACAACCUGAAACAUCAACCAAGAGGAGGGCAGGUACAUAUAGCAAAUGUAAAACCUGAUUUUAGCCAUAUUCAGCCAAAAUGUGGCUCGCUGGACAACAUGCGUUAUUCUCCCCUGGUUGGAAAUGUACAAAUAGUUACCAAGAAAAUAGAUGUGAGUCACAUUACAUCAAAAUGUGGCUCUUUCAGCAACAUACACUAUAGACCAGGUGGAGGACAUAUUAAAAUUGAAAGUCAGAAACUGGAUUUUAAGGAGAAAGCUCAGUCCAAGGUUGGCUCCUUUGAAAAUACACGUCAUACCCCAGGAGGUGGAAAUAUAAAGAUUGAAAGCCACAAGCUUUGCUUCCGUGAGAAUGCCAGGGCUCGUGUGGACCAUGGAGCAGAUAUUGUCACUCAGUCCCCAGGCCGUUCGGGUGCCACAACUCCUCACAAACUCAGCAACGUCUCCUCUUCUGGAAGCAUCAAUUUAAUGGAAUCACCGCAACUUGCCACACUUGCUGAUGAUGUUACUGCUGCACUAGCCAAGCAAGGAUUGUGAUUUUGCUCUACAACAUUUUAAUUGUUUGUUUGCAGCAUGUGCUUUGAGCCUUCACAAGCUCAAAGUGGGAUUGUGUUUAGUCCUUUUCAAUUAAAUGUUGAUCAUGUCUUCAGACCAUUAUGAGUAAAAAUAAAAUCUUGUUUCCAUUCAUGCCAGGUGUUUCUGGCUUUAAAUGGCUACAACUGCUGUACAUCACACAUGGCAAUGUUGUUUCUCAGCUCUGCUUGCAUGGACUGAUGACAAAUGCAUUUAUAAUGUUUCAUGCCUAAAGGCAGUGUUGAAAUGGAUCAAGACUCAGAAAGCAGCUGACAUGCUUUAUUCCCAGUUAUUCACUCUAUGUUGAAUGAAUUAUUCCUUGUCAAUGAAGGAGGAUGCCUAUUAUUAAUAUUUAUUACAAGAUAAAUUAAUACAUACUUGUGUUUCAUGAGAAUAAAGGGGCAAGCCCGGAAAUGAGUAAUAUACAGUCACCCCAUAAUGUUUGGGACAUAGACCCAUCAUUUAUUUAUUUGUCUCUGUACACCACAAUUUGAGAUUUAUAAUAGAAAAAAAAAUCACAUGUGGUUAAAGCGCACAUUGUCAGAUUAUAAUAAGGCCAUUUCUAUACAUUUUGGUUUCACCAUGUAGAUAUUACAACAGUGUUUAUACA